CAUAAACUUUUCCAAAAUCCUGAAGAUCGUGUGAAUAGAAAUAAGCGACCAAUAACGUAAACAACUUUUUCCGUCUACCGCAAUUUUGCACUUGUUUGUUUAAAAACUUUUUACUGAGAUAAACUAAAUUAAAACAGGCUAUCUCACUUAUACUGAGGAUGAUUUUUAUUAACCCCAUUUGUGUAAAGGAAGGUUUUAUAAAUUUGUUUUGUCUUCAUUCAUUACUUAAUGUCCUAUUCAAAUUCCGAAGAUAUAUUCGUACUGGGGUAUGAAAUGUAAUAAAACUCUCUUAUAUAUACUCAACUGUAUAAACCUUCCAAUCAAAAACCCUACCAAUAUAAAGUAAAUUGCCCUCAUAGUAAUGGUAAAAAAAUAUCGAAAAGUGCUUUAAAAAGGUUGUUUCCAUGCAAAUCAUAUUCAUAUAUUAUUUUCAUAUAUUGUCUUCUUUAUAUGGGAAGUAAAUGUGGCUGGAAAUGAUUAAAAAUAUAUAUAUAUAUAUAUUCUUCGUGCUGACAGUAAGCAGAAUAUGUUUCCUUUAUGAUUUAUAUUAUUAAUAGGGUAUUCAUGCAGUGUGUGUUAAAUGCUUCCUGACAGAAGAAAAUAUCAUUAAAGACAAUAUCACUUUAUGUGAUAGUUACAUUCUAUGUUCGGAUACUAGCAGCAAAUAAUGUCUGUGUAAUGUUUGUCAUACUGAUAAUGACGUUCUAACUCAAAAAUAAUUUCGUACAAAAAAAUUUAAUGUUUGUAGUUGAUGUGCUUAUAAGUUUCCAAGUGUGGUUAAUAAGUAGUUGCUUAGUUCCCUGGUAGUGUAUAUGCGAUAUAAUUUUUUAAAGAAGACGAUAGUGACCGAUGGUUAAUACUUUUUAUAUUAACUAGAAAUUUAUAUCUUGCAGUACAUGUAAUCAGAAUUUUUCAUCAAAUUGUUCAUGCAGUAUGGGGGAAAAAAGUUUUUCUCAGAAAAGUAAUUUUAUUGAACAUAGUGUUAAUUAUCCUGUAAGAAAAUCUUAUUCUUGUGAUAUAUGUAAUAAAAGUUUUUCACUUAGACAUAAUUUGACGACACACAGUCGUGUUCAUACUGGUGAGAGACCUUAUUCUUGUAGUAUAUGUAAUGAGAGUUUCUCACGAAGAGAUAGACUGACUGAACACAGUCUAUUUCAUACUAGUGAAAAACCUUAUUCUUGUAGUAUAUGUAAUAAGAGUUUUUCAUAUAAAAGAACGCUGAAUAGACACAGCCUUCUUCAUACUGAUGAAAAACCUUAUUCUUGUGGUAUAUGUAACAAAAGUUUUUCACAAAAAUACCACAUGAUAAAACACUGCCGUGUUCAUACAGGUGAAAAACCUUAUUCUUGUAGCAUAUGUAAUAAGAGUUUUUCAGUAAAAAGUACACUGACUAAACACAAUUUUGUUCAUACUGGUGAAAAACCUUAUUCUUGUAGCAUAUGUAAUAAAAGUUAUUCAGAUAGAAGUACACUGACUACACACAGUCUUGUUCAUACUGGUGAAAAACCUUAUUCUUGUAGCAUAUGUAAUAAAAGUUUUUCGGAAAGAAGUGCACUGACUAAACACUGUCGUGUUCAUACUGGUGAAAAACCUUAUUCUUGUAGCAUAUGUAAUAAAAGUUUUUCAGAUAGAAGUACACUGACUAAACACCGUCUUGUUCAUACUGGGGAAAAACCUUAUUCUUGCAGCAUAUGUAAUAAAAGUUUUUCAGAAAAAAGUACACUGACUAAGCACAGUCGUGUUCAUACUGGUGAAAAACCUUAUUCGUGUAGUAUAUGUAAUAAGAGUUUUUCAGAUAAAAGUACACUGACUAAACACAGUCUUCUUCAUACUGGUGAAAAACCUUAUUCUUGUAGUACAUGUAAUAAGAGUUUUUCUGAAAGAAGAGCACUGACUAAGCACAGUCGUGUUCAUACUGGGGAGAAACCUUAUUCUUGUGUUUUGUAAUAAGAGUUUUUCAGACAGAGGUAAUGUAUCUAAGCACAUUUGUGUUCAUACUGGCAAGAAACCUUAUUUUUUUGGUAUAUGAAAAAAAAAAAGCAUUCGACAAUAGAUCAUGUGGCUAAACGGAUUCUUGCUUACACUGUUUAGAAACCUAUAUUUUUGUAUUUGUAAAAAUUAUUUUUUACUUAAGGACUGUCCAGAUAAUCACAUUUGUAUUCAUACCUAUGAAAAACUUUAUUUUUGUAGCAUAUACAAAAAGAGCUUUUCUCAAAAGAUUGACUUUGCUCUUUCUGUUUGUCUUCUAGUUAGUGAGGAAACCUUUUUUUUGUAGCAUAAUGUAAUAUGAAUUUACCUCAAAAAUGUCCUGUUACUAAACACAAUCUUUUUCAGAAAAGUGAUACACCAUAUUUUGGAAGUAUAUUUUAAAUGAUUUUUCAAUAAUUCUGAUCUAAAUAUUUACAUUAAAGUUCAUACUCGUGAGGAACCUUAUUCUAGUAAUAUAUGCAAUAAGUGUUUCUGAACAAGAACUAAUCUUACUAACCAUAUGUUUAUUGAUCCUGGUGGGGAACCUUAUUCUUCUCAUAUAUGUCCAAAGAGAUUUUUCUUUAACUUAUCAUAUUCUGACUCUUACUGGUGUAAGUUAUGAAUUAUUGCAGCAUGUGUAAAAUAGAUUUUCACUAUACAGUAGAAUGACUGAACACAGUCAUAUCCGUACUGUGUAUUAACCUAUCCGUAUUAUAUAUAUAUAUUUAACUGAAAUGUCAUCUGACUAAAAACAUUCUAUUGGAAUUAAUUAAGCAUUUUCUUUUCAAAUAGUUUUAAAUUUUAUCUUUUAGUUUUCAUCAUUUUUCCUUUCUUGUGUUUAUUUAUAAGUAGUGCUUAUAAAAAAAACUUCAGUAUAGAAAAGUUAAGAAUUUUAAUUAAAAUACAGUUUUACAAACGCAUCUUAAUUGGAAAUUGUAACUUUGUAUGCUGGAUAACAUUACUUUAUCACCUGUUAUAUAUAACAUCACUUACCCACCAGUUAUUCUUCACAAAAUCAUAAAUUGUUAUUUAUUCUCUCAGCAUUAGAGUACCAAGUUGAAGAUAAUAUUCAUUUUUUUUAAUUGAAAUUUUUAAUCAAAAUAACAUGCAGCAUGUUUUACUUAAUGAAUCCUAUCUAGCACACAUAAUUAAAAUUUUUUAUUUCUUUUAAAUGCAAAAUAUUUUUGAUAUGAUUUAAGGAAAGGUUUACAUUGUUUUUAAAUAGAUUAGGUUACAUUAUGAUUGAGAAAGGUAUAGAGAAAGUGGUAUAGAUUGCUUCAUAAAAUCAACUUCUUGUUUUUUAAUCACAUUUUAACAUUUGAGAACCUAUAUUCAACCAAACUUUUAAGGAACGCAAAAGAUAACUCAAAUCGUUAAAAAGAUAAUAAAAACUAGUAAAUCAAUUUUUUUUUUUUUUUUAAAUUCCUAACACUAUUUACUAAAUAAUUAAAUAAGGGAGUAUGCAAAUGUUUUUAAUAUCGUUUUUUAAUAGCUGCCCAAUUCAUGAAUACUCCUUUAAUAACUUUUUUGUUAUAAGGUCUUUAUGUGUAAGUGUGUGAUAUUAAUUUGUAGUUCUUUUCUUAAAAUGGUUCAGCACAUUUUCAAUAUUUUGUGAUGAAUAUUUCUAUUUUUUUUUAUAUGUCAUUAAAAUAAAAUGCUCUUUAUUUAAUUUAUGCUUAUACUGUGUUUUGCGGCAUAACGGAUACAGAAAUAAAGUUUAGAAAAAUUAUGAAAGAUGUUUUUUAAAGUUUAUUAUUUUUAGUACAAUUUCCAUAUCUGGUACAAAUAUUAUUUUAUUUCUUUUGUUUGCAUUCAAUUAAUAUAAAAUCCCGUUACAUUAAAAUUGCAUUUGCGAAUUUCCUAAUGAAAAAUUUGUAACAGACAUUCUAUAAAAUUUAUUCUUAUUUUUUAAGAAUUUUUUGAAAGCAAAUUAGUGCUGUAGUUAUUAUAAUAAUGUUCAUUUGAAGUAAUUUAUCCUCAUAUUUUAUGUAAAUGUUCAACUUUCUUAUUAAUCAAGUUUCUAAUGUUGAAUAACCUAGUUUUUGUAUGUAAUAAAAUAUCGUCACAAAAUAGGUAGUUUUUUUUGUUGCUCAUA